AUGAAUGGGUUUGUGGGCCCUGUUCUCCAAAAGCACUUUACCACACACACUGCCCUACUGCUGCCAUUUGACCACACAACUGCCCCACUGCUGCCAUUUUACCACACAACUGCCCUACUGCUGCCAUUUUACCACACAACUAUUCUACUGCUGCCAUUUUACCACACAACUGCCCUACUGCUGCCAUUUUACCACACAACUGCCCUACUGCUGCCAUUUUACCACACAAACUGCCCUACUGCUGCCAUUUUACCACACAAACUGCCCUACUGCUGUCAUGUUACCAAACAAACUGCCCUACUACUGCCAUUUUACCACACAAACUGCCCUACUGCUGUCAUUUUACCACACAAACUGCCCUACUGCUGCCAUUUUACCACACAACCAUUCUACUACUGCCAUUUUACCACACAAACUGCCCUACUGCUGCCAUUUUACCACACAAACUGCCCUACUGCUGCCAUUUUACCACACAAACUGCCCUACUGCUGCCAUUUUACCACACAAACUGCCCUACUGCUGCCAUUUUACCACACAACUGCCCUACUGCUGCCAUUUUACCACACAAACUGCCCUACUGCUGCCAUUUUACCACACAAACUGCCCUACUGCUGCCAUUUUACCACACAAACUGCCCUACUGCUGCCAUUUUACCACACAACUGCCCUACUGCUGCCAUUUUACCACACAAACUGCCCUACUGCUGUCAUUUUACCACACACACUGUUCUACUGCUGCCAUUUUACCACACAAACUGCCCUACUGCUGCCAUUUUACCACACAACUGCCCCACUGCUGCCAUUUUACCACACAACUGCCCCACUGCUACCAUUUUACCACACAACUGCCCUACUGCUACCAUUUUACCACACAACUGCCCUACUGCUGCCAUUUUACCACACAAACUGCCCUACUGCUGCCAUUGUACCACACAAACUGCCCUACUGCUGCCAUUUUACCACACAACUUCCCAACUGCUACCACAUUACCACACAAACUGCCCUACUGCUGUCAUUUUACCACACAACUGCCCUACUGCUGUCAUUGUACCACACAACCAUUCUACUGCUACCAUUUUACCACACAACUGCCCAACUGCUACCACGUUAUCACACAAACUGCCCUACUGCUGCCAUUUUACCACACAACUGCCCAACUGCUACCAUUUUGCCACACAAACUGCCCUACUGCUGCUGUUUUACCACACAACUGCCCUACUGCUGCCAUUUUACCACACAAACUGCCCUACUGCUGCUGUUUUACCACACAACUACCCUACUGCUGCCGUUUUACCACACAAACUGCCCUACUGCUACCAUUUUACCACACAAACUGCCCUACUGCUGCCAUUUUACCACACAACUGCCCUACUGCUGCCAUUUUACCACACAACUGCCCAACUGCUACCACGUUACCACACAAACUGCCCUACUGCUGCCAUUUUACCACACAACUGCCCAACUGCUACCACGUUACCACAAACUGCCCUACUGCUGCCAUUUUACCACACAACUGCCCAACUGCUACCAUGUUACCACACAAACUGCCCUACUGCUGCCAUUUUACCACACAACUGCCCAACUGCUACCACGUUACCACACAAACUGCCCUACUGCUGCCAUUUUACCACACAAACUGCCCUACUGCUGCCAUUUUACCACACAAACUGCCCUACUGCUGCCAUUUUACCACACAACUGCCCUACUGCUGCCAUUUUACCACACAACUGCCCAACUGCUGCCAUUUUACCACACAACUGCCCAACUGCUGCCACGUUACCACACAAACUGCCCAACUGCUGCCAUUUUACCACACAACUUUUCACUGAAAUCUCCAAGUAAACUGAAUGAAGCUUUUUUGGGUUUUUCUUUUUUUUGGAGAGCGUGCAUAGUUUUUCCUCUAAACGGAAAGGAAUUCAGUGGUGAGGAGGACUACAUUAACAGGGAUAUUUAAAAAAAGAUCAUACACCUCAAUCAGUCUAGCCCAUGUAGCAUAACGCAAGGCUGUUUGAUUCAGGGCAGAAUUGUAGUUUUUUUGCUGAUGGUUAAAAUGUUAAUGGGAGGUGGAAACAUUAGGCAAUAUCAGAUUGCUCCCCUCCCCAAAACGGCAUAUGGUCAUAUUCAGUUCUAAUUCACAACACAGAUUAGUCCCUUAUUAACCCUUGGGGCUCGACAGCGGAGUAUGGCAAAGCCUGUAUCGUACCCAGCUCCCUGUUUUUUUGGGAUAUAGUCCAGGCCUUGUAAAACACGUAUCCGAAGGAGAGUAAUAUUUUCCCAUCCCGGCCUUCGCACGGCGGUGGGGCAGAGGCGCGUAUUCAAAGUGGAAGCACACCUUUGUUUGCUCAGCGCUGCGGCUUCUCCAGAAUCAUAGCAGUCGCGGUUUCCCUUGCAAAUGGGGAUUACCUGCGAAACACCCAGAGGGAGCAGGUGAACGGUGGAGAGGAGACAGACUAAACACACCUGUGCUGCACACAGCCCUUACUUAAUGUGGCUUACUUAACAUAAGCAUCGAGUUAUUGGAUAUUUGUUCCAUUGCAAAUAACACUUUUUUUUUUUUUUUUGGUAUGGAUCUCCCAAAUCCCCAUAGGAAGAUUCCCUAAAUUGCACAUUAUGUAGUUUCCUGCUACAAGACAGACUUUUUAUGGUUGGAUCUGAAAUGGGAUACAUUUCCCAGUUUGUGUUUAUGAGUGUGUGUCAGUGUGUAUGUGUGUGUGAGUGUGUGUGUGCGCGUCAGUGUGUGUGUGUCAGUGUGUGGGUGUGUGUGUCAGUGUGUGUGUGUGUGUGUGUGCGUCAGUGUGUGUGUGUCAGUGUGUGUUGGUGAGUGUGGUGGUCAGUGUGUGUGUGUGUGCGCGUCUCAUGAGACCAGCAGUUGGACUGAUCUCACGUCUCGUGGCCGCAGUCAUACAGUUAUCGACGGUGUUCAGAAACGCAGAGAGAGAGGUGAGCUCUCGAAAGAAAGUGAAAAUAGAACGCACCUCGCUGGAAAUAAUCAGAGGAAAUUGUACUUGCCAACGCCGUCAUUUUGAUGGGCCUGAAUCAAGUGAUGAGAGCUCGCACUUGAGAUGCGUCUGAAAGACCCACUUUAUGAAAUCAGGACUCAAAGAUAUCAGCUGAAUAGUUGAAAGAUGAGGAAGCAAUUUUAUUUAAUACUAUCCAACAGCCCGAGAACAAGGUGUGUGCCACAGACUCACAACCAAACCUAAAUACUACUACAACUGAGGCACUGGGUAAGAAAAGAGAGAGGGAAUUGUGUUGUUAUCGUUCAACCAGCUUCACUGGAAAUAAUCUGAAAGAGUAUCAGGAAUGCCAAUACAUGUUUGUUUAAAGAACAUACAGAAUUACAAUUUGUGAAAACAGCUACAAAAUGCUCACGAUAACACUACAUUUAAAUAACUCUGUUACAAAAUCCAAAAACUAUGGGAGCGCUGUAGAAACUAUGGGAUUAAAUAAAAGCCGGAAUUUAUUCCAGAUACCCAAACGUGCCCUCUUGUUAAACUUCUGUGUACUACAUCACAAUACAUCGAUUUAAAUGACAGAAAAGGUAAAAGAAUGUACGUGCACCCGAGAUGUAUAUAGUGCCAAGAGUAGUGCCAGACAUGGCUAACAGCAAUCCCACACCAGCAGCUGUAUGCUACACUAAUGCUACCCAAUGCUAAUGCUACCCAAGGCCAUGUCUCAUCAUACAUAUCCAGUAAACUAAUCGCACUAUUGAGCUGCUCUUCCGUGUGUUGAGGUGGCAGCUUUUGCAGUAUUUUCUGAGUAAUGUGUGUGCUGUAUUUUCUCAGUAAUGUGUCUGUAGUAUUUUCUCAGGAAUGUGUGUGCACCUGGAUCUCUAGUUGUAAAUGUGUAUGUUUGCCAUAUUCUUGAAAAACCACACAGCAAUUCGUAGGGAAAAUCAUUCUGACAGAAAAAUGGCUGUCCAGAUUUUUCACACAACUGCUACAAUAGGACAUUGUUACAAUACGGUAGUAGAGCAAUUGAAAGGCUGAAUUUUGGUGGGGAGGGGGUGCAAUAAUGUGCUCCCAUACUGUCCCAUCCAUUCCCCACCCCCUCCCCCACCAAUGCCUCACGGCGUCACUUUCCUAAAUUCCAACCCUACCCUUCCAACCUGUUAACUGCCUCUUAUCAUUUCGGCCAUUUCGCUAUUUUUCGGGGUAAACCCCGGCAAGCGAACAAUCCGUGUUUCAGGACCUCGGCCUCCCGAGAAGCUCGCAGCUCAGGACAGCGUGGGGAGGGCCCCCCCAGGGGCAUGGCUUUGUAGGGUACCCCCCCGCCCCCCCAACAAACCCCCCUUUAUGCCGCGGGACCGGGGAAGAGUUAUGGUGGCGGGGCGGUGCGGAAGGGCGCUCAGAUCUGCGGUGGGCCGGGAGAGGAGCCCGGCGACGGCGAUGAGCCGCCCAAACAGCGCCAUCUAUUCAUGGCCACCGCCGCCACCGAAGCACCCGGCAGCCAGCUGCGGCGCGCGGACCCCGAACAAGGCGUCCCUUUCUCUGCCCGAGAAACUGUCCAACGCGACCGGCCGGCCGGCCGGACUCAGAGAAACUCUCUGUGAUUACACAGUCCUGCCCCUCGCAUUCCAGCAGAGGAGAUACGGGAGGCCUGCCCUGUGGAUGCUUGAGCACAGAAGGACGUGCUGACAGCGUUGAAGAGGGAAAAGGAGGUCACACAAGCCAAAGCUUGGAACGCCAAAUCAAGCUCACGCCGCAAUGCUCAUCAUAACCGCCGCUGUCGAUUAAGGAAAGCACAGGUCAGACGCACGCACCGCCAGCCGCCAACUCCCAUCACGCCGGUCCGCAGGUCGGGCUCACACGCACAGACGUGAGUCAGAGGAAGACGCAUCCAUGUGCAGAUCAACAAGGUGGUCUCUCGCGGGAGCCUGACCAACCAGCAGGGGUCGCUGGCGUGCGGUGACUCACUCGUCCCGGCCGAACGAAGCGACUCCUUUCACCGCGCGACUCCGAAGUUUUCUUCAGUCGCGGUUUUGAUAAUUGGAUUUUCGGGACACCUGUAUGAGUGCACUCUACCUUGGGGAUUAUACCUCGCGAUGGGUCUGUAGGUCCAAGGGCUUCAGAAGAACCAAUCACACCUCAGCUGGACCUGACACUGACUGGAAAAGAACCAAUCACAGCUCAGAGGGUCCCAACACAACCUGUGACAUCAACAUACCGUGGGACAACUGGAGCAAGGCCGCCCCGCUCUCAGCCAGGCCUCGUCACCGCGCAGCGCUCGCGUGCUAUCGCCACAGCCGCCUGAGGCGAUGAAACUGCGUCCCCGUCACCGUCCUCUGUUCUUCCCUCCCGCCUCCGCCUCCGGGGUCUGCUUUCUCAUCCGCAGGUACCGCAGCCAUGUUGGAUGUUCAAAAGGCCCUUCUCUACAUCAGCCAAUCAACGAUGAUCUGGAAGGAACCGGAGGACUUCCAUAAAUUUGGUGGGUUUUUUUAAACAUGAAAUUUAACUUACUGCCCACACUUUCAAGGAAAUACUAUAUACUGAAAUAUUUAGCAAAUAUGUGAACUUUUAAAAAUUAAUUAUAUAUUAUAUAUCACAGCACUGUAUUUAAAAAUAUAUAUUUUUUCAAUAUCUAAAAGUGUUAAUAAUGAGUAUUUUCCAUUCCCAUAUAUUGUGAAGUCAAUAUCUUUACGAUAUCUUUUAUUUAAAUAUAUAUUUUAGUAUAUUCAUAUAAAUUGGUCUUGUUCCCAAUAAAAAAAACUUUUCUGUAAAAUU